CAAAACGUUCACGGGGUGCUUGUCAUUGAUGCGGAAAAAAAACCUGUCGUAUCAUUUGCUUUGCUGCAGUGAAAAAACGUGUUCGUAAAAGUAUGGAUCCUCCGAAAAAAAAACGCAUUCAUGAAAAAGCAAAAAGUGCCAAAUCCGCCGCAGUACUUCAAGCAUGGUUAAAUCGAGGAAAUCCUCGUGAUGGAAGUGCCAGUUCGUGCGAUUUGAACGGAAAUCAACAAGCUUGUGUUUCCCGACAGUCAGCGGACAAGAACGUUGCUUGCACGAGCACAAGGGACAGAAUUGCGUCCGUAGAAAGUCCUCACCCGGCGGAGCUCAAAUGUCCGGAGACCGAUUUCGGUGUCGCAAAACCGGCAGGCACGGACGACGCGAUAAGCACCGAUUUCGGAACAAGUGGUAGUCCUUUUCGGGUGGAGCUCAGCUGUUCGGCUAUCGAUAUUAAUGUUGCGCAGCGGACGGUCACGGAUGGUACGGCCUGCACCGAUACCGAGGUGUCGACUUCAAGAACAAAUGCGAUCGAAACGGAUCGCGAGCUCAACAAGCCAAUCCUGCGCUGGUUUGCAACCGGUUCUGUUCGGAACAAUGAUAAAUCAAUGGAUAAACAUCUCAGAACGGCUCCCGGUGAUUCUCCGCGAUCUACGAAGGCUGUUGGAUCAGCCGCCAGUUACGUUCCGGCCAAUCACGGUGUCCUAACACCGGCAGUCGCGGACGACACGAACAGCUCUGGUUCCGGAAUAAUUGAGUCUACAGCAGGAAAUCUUCACCGGGCGGAGCUCAUAUGUACUAUGACCGAUUUCGGUGUCGCAAAUCCGGCAGGCACGGAGCGGACUGGAAAAAGUGUGCUUUCCGUUGGAUGUCUUUUUCAAGCGGAGCUCGGCUUGACGGCUCCCGGUGAUUCUCCGCGAUCUACGAAAGGUGAUGGAUCAGCCGCCAGUUACGUUCCGGCUGAUCACGGUGUCUUAACACCGGCAGUCGCGGACGACACGACCAGCUCUAAUCCCGGAAUAAGUGAGCCUACCGCAGGAAGUCUUCACCGGGCAGAGCUCAGCUGUACUAUGACCGAUUCCAGUGUCCUAAAUCCGGCAGGCACGGAGCGAACUGGAAAAAGUGUACUUUCCGUUGGAAGUCUUUUUCAAGCGGAGCUCGGCUUGACGGCUCCCGGUGAUGGAUCAGCCGCCAGUUACGCUCCGGCCGAUCACGGUGUCUUAACACCGGCAGUCGCGGACGACACGACCAGCUCUGAUUCCGGAAUAAGUGAGUCUACCGCAAGAAGUCUUCACCGGGCGGAGCUCAGCUGUUCGGCGAUCGAUAAUAAUGUCGCGCAGCGGACAGUCACGGAUGGUACGGCCUGCACCGAUACCGAGGUGUCGACUUCAAGAACAAAUGCGAUCGAAACGGAUCGCGAGCUCAACAAACCAAUCCUGCGCUGGUUUGCAACCGGUUCUGUUCGGAACAAUGAUAAAUCAAUGGAUAAACAUCUCAGAACGGCUCUUUUUGAUUCUCCGCGCUCUACGAAAGCUGUUGGAUCAGCUGCUAGUUACGUUCCGGCCGAUAGCGGUGGCCUAACGGACGACGCAAGCAGCUCUGAUUCCGGAAUAGGUGCUGCUAAUGGAACUCCUCACCGGAAUGUGCUCUACGAAAGCUGUUGGAUCAGCUGCUAGUUACGUUCCGGCCGAUAGCGGUGGCCUAACGGACGACGCAAGCAGCUCUGAUUCCGGAAUAGGUGCUGCUAAUGGAACUCCUCACCGGAAUGUGCUCACGGCCGAUUUCGGUGUUGCGAAGCCGACAGGUACGGUGUCUAAAAAGCAACCAUUUAUUGAAGAUCCAUCGAAAACGAUCCAACCUGCUGAAAAAGUGCGCAAAGUAAAUAUACAUAAAAAGAGAAUGUACGCUGAAAGUUAUCUCGGAUUUGGAUUCACGUGGAUAGGCGACGAGGAUAAUCAACAGCCCAAGUGCGUCGUUUGCAAUGAAGUGCUUGCGAAUAGCUGCAUGAAACCUUCGCUGCUCAUCCGUCACCAGGCACGAAAACAUCCUACUUUGGUGGGAAAGUCAAACCAGUAUUUUAAAAAUAUGCAACAACCGACCGUAGCGGAUCAUUUUAACAAAUCCAAACGAGAAAACCAACUUUAUGUUGAAGCGUCGUAUAAGAUCAGUUAUAACAUCGCAAAAUCUGGGAAAGGACACACGAUUGGCGAAACUCUUGUUUAUCCCUGCAUAAAAGAUGCCGUUCAAACCGUUCUAGGCGAUGAGUCCGUGGACAAAAUUUCUAACAUACCUUUGUCCAAUUCAACUGUUCAUCGCAGAAUUGACGAUAUGUCCCAAGCCGUCGAGCUUGAGGUCAUCACGAGACUCCAACGAAGCGCCGGUUUCGUAAUGCAGGUAGAUGAGAGUACGGAUGUCGCAAACCUUGCAAUUUUGCUUGUGAUUGUACGAUACAUGAACGGGACCCAG